CCUGAAUGUUAGAUGGAGCGUCGACGACCAGAGACAGGUCCACUCACUCCCCCACCUACUUCCUCUACCGCUCCCGAUCUGCCUCCCCGAUCCUCAUAUGACAUAGCUCAUACAAACUGCCCAUCAAUUGUUCGCAAAAGUUUUACUCAAGAAGGCUAAAAGGAAGAAGCAACACACUCCCCAUCUCUUUUCUGUCACUUGCUAGGAUUGUUGGGCAGAUGCCUGUUUUUCCGAUCUUCGAUUGAUUUUACCAUGAUCAUUAUUGAGGCGUGAAAUGGCUCUGGAAGCACUCAACGUGCUUGGGUUUCAGCACUGCGUCCGGCUGGAGAGGUGGAAUUUGGAGCGUAAGCGUUGUGGGUAUGGCCUGCGGCUUACUAGUAAAAGGUGGGAGAAACAGGUCUCUACUGACGGUGAGUGGUGCCUGUGCGCUUGCCAGGCCACUCUGCACAAUGACGGGGAUGCGGCAUCCUUGGUGGGCCUACGGCCGGUUGACGGUGAACCAAAGAAGGAGUUGAUCCCUUUGCCAAGGCCAUUAUCUGUUACGGAUACUGCUGGUUCUCCUAGUUAUGGUUCUCAAGUUCGUGUUGCGUAUCAGGGUGUACCAGGUGCAUACAGUGAGGAGGCUGCCCUUAAAGCAUAUCCUCAAUGUGAAGCUGUUCCUUGUGAAGAAUUUGAAGCAGCCUUCAAGGCAGUUGAAUUAUGGCUUGUGGAUAAAGCUGUUCUGCCCAUUGAAAAUUCAGUAGGUGGGAGUAUUCACAGAAAUUAUGACUUGCUACUUCGUCAUAGGUUGCAUAUUGUUGGUGAGGUGCAGAUGGCUGUCAAUCACUGUCUUUUAGUACUACCAGGUGUUGCUAAGGAGGAGUUAAAACGCGUAUUGAGUCAUCCCCAGGCCCUUUCUCAGUGUGAGCUGGCACUAGGUAAACUGGGAGUUAUUCGUGAGAAUAUUGAUGAUACUGCUGGUGCGGCUCAGAUUAUAGCUGCUAAGAGAGUCAGAAAUACAGGAGCAAUUGCAAGUGCACGAGCUGCACAAAUAUAUGGACUUGACAUUCUUGCAGAAAAUAUACAGGAUGAUUUGGAUAACAUUACUCGGUUUCUAAUACUUGCUCGUGAACCUAUAAUCCCUAGAACGGAUAGGACUUUCAAGACAAGUAUCGUAUUUACUUUAGAAGAAGGUCCAGGUGUUCUUUUCAAGGCAUUGGCUGUCUUUGCUUUAAGGGAUAUUAAUCUGACAAAGAUAGAGAGCAGACCUCAGCGAAAACGACCCUUGAGGAUUGUUGAUGACUCUAACAAUGGAAGUGCUAAAUACUUUGACUAUCUUUUCUACAUUGAUUUUGAAGCAUCUAUGGCAGAGACUCGUGCUCAAAAUGCCUUAGGGCAUCUUCAGGAAUUUGCUACCUUUCUGAGGGUUCUUGGAUCGUAUCCAAUGGAUAUGCAUAUGUGAGCGCUACUUCCAUCAGGCAGCUGAUGUCCUUUGUUGUUAUUUGGAGUCUUCGAUACAAGAGAUCUAUACGCCGUUUUUUCUUCUUGUUUAUUGGUGGUAGGAAGGAUGCAACAUGAAUUUUGCCCUUCAAAGACGAUGCAAACUGGAGGCUGGUGAAGUUCAUCAAAUCUCUCUCUCUCUCUUUCUCUCUCUCUCUCUCUCUCUCUCUCUCUCUCUCUAUUUAUUAUUUUGUUGACAUGAACAUAAACCCAUCAUUGCCGCAGUUUCCUUCCAUAGAAGAACAUAUUAUCUCGGUUGUAAUGCAGACUACUUGAUGAUGUUGCCCUUGUGAAAUUGUGUCGAGCGACUAGCGGCAGACCACUGUCUCCACAAAAUAUCUUAUUGCCUUCAAUUAGAUGGUAUUAAUAUUAAAAAAAAAUCCUCGUUAUGGUCUA